AUGUUAUUUCUUCAUCGCCAUCUUUUCUCCAGAACGUUUUCUCUUCUGAAUCUAUGUUUUUCAAGCCUCUCUUUUACAUUGCUCAUUCUCACUGACACUUCUCAUAUCCAACCCAAUACCUGGUUGGAAUUUUAUUAUCCUUAUCUCUCUUGUUUUUUUCUUUUGUCUUUCCUCUUUCUUCUGGUUUCUUUUCAUCCUUCUUCUUUUUUCAUUCCUUCUUUCUUUUCUCUUUGUUUUAAUUUCUUUUCUUCUUUCAUUCCUACAUUUAAUGGUUAUACUUUACUCACGUUUCAUCUAUUUUAUUUUGAAGUUGUCACUUUAUGUAUGUAUUUGCUUGUUUAUCUUCCUUUAGUCAUUUUAAUCUUUCUUUCUUUCUUUCUUUUACUUUCUUUCUUUCUUUCUUUCUUUCUUUGCUUCCAUGUUUUUACUUUACUUUCGUUCAUUGAUUUCUUUCCUUCAUCUAACCAUCUUCUCCAUCCUCCUCCAAAAUCUUAUUUCUUUCUAUUUAUUCUUGUAACCAUCUAUCUAUCUAUCUAUCUAUCUAUCUAUCUAUCUAUCUAUCUAUCUAUCUAUCUAUCUAUCCCAGCCUGUUCAUAUCUAUCUAUCUAUCUAUCUAUCUAUCUAUCUAUCUAUCUAUCUAUCCCAGCCUGUUCUAUCUAUCUAUCUAUCUAUCUAUCUAUCUAUUUCUAUCUAUCUAUCUAUCUAUCUAUUUUUAGAAGAUACCCAUAUAGUAAAUACGUCUGUUUUCUUUUUGUAGCAUCAUUUUUCUUCUGUUUUUUCUUUAACAAAUUAACUUCUCCAAAGUGUUUAAUCCUUUUCCUUCUCUUCCUACCACUCCAGUUUUUUUCUCUCUUUCUCUCGACGUUUCAUUUCCUCUUUCUUUCUUUCUGCAGUUUUCUAUUUUUCUUUCCAUUUAUCUCUAUCUCAUUCUUUUUUCUCCUUUUCUUUUUCUCCUUUUCUUUUUCUCCUUCUCUCUUUCCUUCACUUAUUUCUUUCUUUCUGCAGCUUUUUAUCUUUCUCCUUCACUCUUUCCUUCACUUUCUUUCUUUCUUUCUUUCUUUCUUUCUUUCUUUCUUUCUUUCUUUCUUUCUUUCUUUCUUUCUUUCCCCAGCUUUCGAUCUUUCUUUCCAUUUCUCUCUCUAUCUCAUUCUUUUUUCUCUUUCUCCUUUUCCUUCAUCUGCUUUCUUUCCGUCUUUCUUUAUGUUACUACUUAUCGUUUUCAAUUCCCCCCUCUCUCAUUUUUCUAUUUCUCCUUUUCUUUUUCUCCUUUUCUCUUUACUUCUCCUCUUUCUUUCUUUCUUUCUUUCUUUCUUUCUUUUUUUCUGUCUAUUUUUUCCUGUAUUUCUUUCCUUUUCUCUCUCUUCUCUAGCUUUUUAUUUCAAUUUCUCUCUAUAUAUCCCGUUCCUUUAUUUCUCUUUCGCCUUUUCUCUUUCUUUCUUUCUUUCUUUCUUUCUUUCUUUCUUUCUUUCUUUCUUUCUUUCUUUCUUUCUUCUCGUGUUCUCUCUAGGCUAUCACUUCUGA